AUGUCACAGAAAAGGUCAUGGCGCAUUUACGGAACCCACGUUUAUCACGCAUUUUGGAGGCUAUGGAAUCUAAGAAAGAUUCCAUCUCCUUCUUUAUUACAAGAACAACCACUACCUCAGUCCGUUAGUCAUACUAUGGAAGCUGAUGUUCAACCAGUUGAUGACGGAAUACCAAAUCCAUAUUUGAGCGGUACUGGUUUUCAAGAAUUAACUCCAGAAGAAGACCUUACCAGACCAGGUCCUAGCAGUAGAGCAAGAUCCAAUUCAACUAGCUCGAAAUCAUCUUCUAGUUCAUCAUCUUCAAGUUCAUCAUCAACAAGUUCAUCUCAUCUAGUGCGUCUGAAUCGGAACACGUUGGCCAUUAAUAAUCGACCUAUUGCAACUGUAAUAGCAAAAAGGAACCAAGCGGGAACGAUUGAAGAAGAAAAAAGGGGUAAACAUGGAAAACAGUACAAAAUUAGCUCAGAUAUAAUUAAAGGAAUAAAAAACCACAUAGACUCAAUCCCAAGAAUUGAAUCUCAUUAUGUAAGACAACAAACGACUCGUGAAUUUAUUGAUGGGGGUAAAAACCUUACAGAUCUUUAUACUGACUACCAAACACAAUGCUUGAGUGAUGGUAUUGAAGCUGCUAAAAUUCAUACAUAUAGAAAAGUGUUUAAUGAUGAUUAUAACAUUGGCUUUCACACACCUAAAAAAGACCAGUGCGAACUAUGCAUUAGCUUUAAAAACGCUAUUGAUAAAACAAUAGAAUUACAAAACAGAUACGACCAACACCAGCUUGAAAAAGAAUUAUGUCGCCAGGAAAAGUCAAAUGACAAAACAAUGGUUAAGGAAAACUACAUUGUUGCCUGUUAUGACCUCCAGGCAGUGUUGCCUCUUCCGAAAGGAGAUGUUUCUACUUUAUAUUACAAGUGUAAGCUCAAUGUUUGUAAUUUUACUAUAAGUGAAUUAGCGAAAGACUAUUGUGAUUGUUUUGUCUGGAGCGAGGUCGAGGCAUUAAGAGGAGCUAACGAAAUAGCAACGUGUGUUUGGAAGUAUUUGACAAAGAUGGCAUCAGAAAUAAAUGACAAUAAUUUACGAAUCACAUUUUAUUCUGAUAAUUGCUGUGGUCAGCAAAAGAAUAAGUUUAUGUUUUGUAUGUAUUUAUAUGCCUUAUCUGUUCUUAAAAUUAAGUCUAUUACGCACAAAUAUUUAAUUAGUGGGCACACACAAAACGAAAACGAUUCUGUUCACUCUGUGAUAGAAAAAGCAGUUAAAAAGUGCUUACGUUCUGGUCCUUUGUACACACCAGAUCAAUACGUGACCAUUAUCAGAACUGCACGAAAGAAAGGCAAUCCUUACAAUGUUACCGAAAUGUGCUAUUCAGACUUUGUUGAUAUAAAAAAUCUUACAGAGAUAUGCGGUGCUCAAUUUUCAAAAAAUACUGAAGGCGGAACAGUUAAAAUGAGUGACAUUAAAAUAAUGAAAUUUGAAAAACAUCAAGAUUUCAACCAUGUUGGCAUUUAUUAUAAAACUUCCUACUCAGAUACAGAUUUCAAAGAAAUACAAUUCCGUAACAAUCGUUCGUCUCGAACACGUACUAGCACUGAUCUUCAAGAUUUCCAGUUGAAGCCUUUAUAUCAGUCUAGAUUAAAAUUAAGUGAUAGAAAAAACAGCGACCUAAAGAGUUUAAUUAACAGUAAUAUAAUACCACAGAGUUACGCAUUGUCAUAUUACAACAGCAUCUUGUUUUAG